AUGGAUCCUCCACCAUCUCAUGUCUCUAAAAGUAGAACAAUAUUGAAAAUUAAAUAUGAUGAUCCUGAUGCAACGGAUUCUUCCUCCGAUGAAAGAGAUAAUUUUAUUGUUGAUCCAACAAAGAGGAAGAGAGUUGUGGUUGAAAUUUCAUUCCCCAAUGUUCCAUGUGACCAAAUUGUUGAUAAUGGAUUGAACAAGAAUAAUAAGAAUGUUGGAACACCAAUGCAUGAAGUGAAACAACCAUCUUGCAAAUACAAAGGUGUUCGAAUGCGACAAGAGGGUCGAUGGGCGGCAGAAAUCAGAAACCCGAUUAAUGGUGCGCGUAGUUGGCUUGGAACUUUUGAUAGCGCGGAAGAGGCUUCUAAGGCCUAUGAAGCUAAAAGACAUGAAUUCGAAACCAUAUAUAAAAAGGAACUGUGUAAUAGGAAGAGGAACAAGAGAUUGAAAAAAGUUUCUUUUGCUGAACCUAUGGUUACUUCAUUCAAUGACUCGGAGAGUGACACGCCAAAUAUACCUUUAUCUUCGCCGAAAUUGGUUAAGAAUGUUGAGGUUUCAUGUGAUGAAACUAAUCCUUCAAAAACUUUGGACAUAGUGCAAGAACCGAAUGUGGUUGCGAGUGUUGAUAAAUCGUCCCAACUUGAAUCGGAUUGGUUAACAUUUGAUGAUUCAGAAGUGGACUUGAAUGAUCUUAGCGGCCUUGAUGACUUGAAUGAUAUUGAUAUUCCAUUUGAUUUUGAUUACUUUGGUACACAAUUUGCGGUUGAUCAUAAGAUUUCUAGUCGGAAAGAACCUCCUAAUAUACCCAAGCCAUAA